GGCUCAACCUCGCAAAUCAACUAAAUUUAAGACGAGGAAGAAGAAAAAAGAGGUCUGCCGUUCAAAAUAUGAUGGGGAGAAUUGAAAGUGAGAUGAAGUCUUCGCUCAUGGUUCUCUGACUUUCCUUUUGAGAUCGACUGUAAUACUGUACUGCUUAAAGACAGGGCAUCAUGCCGUAUUCCCGCCCAACUUCGCAAAACCCAGCCAAGGGCCAGAAAGCACAGAAGUCUUCGACCACAAGUCGCUUCAAAGACAUUCACAUCAAUGAAGAACUCAAAAUUUCAAUUAACUUGUCUCUGGAGAGGUUUCGUUAUAGCGACCAGAAAGAGAUGGAAUUUCCUUCUUCGCUUACUUCUAAUGAGAGAGCCUUCAUACAUCGUGCAGCGCAAGCUUUGGGUUACAUUUCUAAAAGCAAAGGGAAAAGCUCAAAUCGCUUCCUCACCAUCAGGAAAAAGAAUCUCCUCGACAGUCGUCGGUCCGCCAUGCUGCUGAUACUCUCCCAAACCUCCUUACAUGCCAUCCGCAGCCUUCUUCAGAAGUUUCCUAUCACCAGUAAAGAGCGUGAAGACCUUCAAGCUAGCAGCAAAAGCAAACUGUCUGUUGCUACACAACUCGACAACAGCUUUGACAUGAACAGGCCGCGGGGCCACUUGGACAGUGGCGUUUCCGUGGUACCCCCAAGGAGGAGGACAUCGGAAUUUGACAGUUUCCGACGUGCGCUACCAGUGUAUGAGCACGAAGAAGAGAUAGUCAGACUGAUUAGAGAGAACAAGGUGGUACUUAUCGUAGGAGAGACCGGUUCUGGGAAAACAACCCAGAUUCCACAGUUUCUGCUGGACGACUGCAACAAGAAAGGAGAACGCUGCAGAAUUUUCUGUACUCAGCCCAGACGCCUGGCUGCCAUCACGGUCGCUGAGAGAGUGGCAGCCGAGAGGGGAGAAACAAUUGGCAAGACUGUCGGCUAUCACAUUCGACUGGAGAGCAGGGUUUCUCCAAAGACUCUGCUGACUUUCUGUACCACUGGAGUUUUACUCAGGACACUUAUGGCUGGAGAUGUCAGUCUGGCAUCCGUCACACAUGUCAUUGUGGAUGAGGUGCAUGAGCGCGAUGGUCUCACUGACUUUUUGCUCACGAAGAUGCUUGAUGUACUUGAGGACUUACCUGCAAUAAAACUGGUUCUCUCCAGUGCUUCUCUGGAUGUUGACUUGUUCCUCAAGUACUUUGGCGCUUGGUCCUGUCCUGUUAUUUAUCUGAAAGGAAGACAGUUUGAAGUGAAACAACGUUUUCUGGAAGACAUUUUGAGGUUCACAGGUUUUAACAGUAGAGAAGUGGGCAAAAGCAAGGAAGAAUCCCAGAGAAAGGAAGAGACGCAGAACCUUUGGACAAAGUGGGGAAGAGCAGAGGAGAAAAGCAGUGUUGAAGAUGGACAGAACACACACCCGGCAUCCUCUGACUCAUACAGGAGCAGCAAUGAUCUUGAUACAGGGGGCACUGUCAAGACACGGGAUGGAGAAGGCUUAGAGCCGUUGGAGCCAUGGAUCCAGAAAGAGAUGGAUUCCUGCAUAGUGAACAUUUUUGUGAAUGAAGACCAGGAAUAUGUUGUUCAGCUCUUCAACCUCAUUCUCAAUGAAAAUGUCAAUGUUGACUACAUGCACAGUGAGACAGGGGCCACACCUUUGAUGGUGACAGCGGGUCGAGGGUUCCUACCUCAGAUGGAGCGGUUGCUUAACAUGGGCGCUGACAUCAACUUGAAGGCAUUCAAUGGAUGGACUGCCUUGGACUUUGCCACAAACUUGCAACAGGAAGAGGCUGUUGAUCUUCUUCAGUCCUCAAUUGCCAAUAAAACGAUGGAAGAGUGCCCUCGGGUACAGUGUGCCAGUGCUGAGCAAAGCUCCGGAGACCAGGACCUGCUCAAACUGUACCACCACAACUUUGAUGAUGAGUUUGUAGACCUAGAUCUCAUCAUGGACCUCCUGCACAAGAUCUGCUCAACCACAUGUGAUGGCGCAGUGCUAAUUUUUCUUCCUGGAUAUGAUGACAUUGUGUCGCUCAGGGACCGUAUCCUCUAUAAUGACAAGAGAUUUUCCACCGUUUCCAAAAGGUACCAGGUGUUCACACUUCAUUCGGACAUGCCAAGCAUUGAACAGAAAAAAGCCAUGAAGACGACUCCACUGAAUGUUAGAAAGAUUAUUCUUUCUACCAACAUUGCCGAGACAAGCAUCACCAUCAAUGAUGUUGUUUUUGUGAUUGAUUCUGGAAGAGUCAAAGAGAAAUCAUUUGAUACCAUCAGUCGCAUGUCAAUGUUAAAGACAGUCUGGAUUUCAAAAGCCAGUGCUCUUCAACGAAGUGGAAGAGCGGGGCGCUGCCAACCAGGAAUUUGCUUCCACCUCUUCAGUCAACUACGGUUCAACAAUAUGCAAGAGUAUCAGGUUCCACAGCUGCUACGGAUGCCUCUGCAGGAAUUAUGUCUGCAGACCAAAUUGCUGACUCCCUCUCCAGUAUCAGAGUUUUUGUCCAAAGCUCCACAACCUCCUACCGCACACGCUGUAAAAAGUGCCGUGCAGAUGCUUAAGACAAUAGAUGCAAUGAACCAGAAUGAAGACCUGACUGCUCUUGGCUUCCAUCUGGCCGAUCUACCUGUUGAGCCCCAUCUGGGAAAGAUGGUGCUAUGUGCUGUGGUGCUGAGGUGUCUCGACCCCAUUUUGACAAUUGCCUGUACACUAGGUUAUCGGGACCCCUUUGUUCUUCCUGUCCAGGGCUCUCAGAAGAGAGCUGCUCUUCAGUGCUGUAAACAUUAUUCUUCCAACACCUUCAGUGACCAAAUGACCAUGCUGAGAAUUUUCCAGGCAUGGCAGAAGGCUCGCAAUGAUGGCUUGGAGAGGUCCUUCUGCGAAAAGAACUUUUUGUCCAAUGCCACCAUGGAAAUGAUUCUUGGCAUGCGAACACAACUGCUGAGACAGCUUCGUGCAACUGGCUUUGUGAGGGCCCACGGAGAAAGUGAUGUACGUGGUGUGAACAUCAACUCAGAAAACUGGGCAGUGGUGAAGGCGGCCCUGGUGGCUGGCAUGUACGCAAAUCUGCUUCAUAUUAACCCUGAGACAAACCUGCCCUCUAGUAAUAAGGAGAAGAAAGUCAAUUUUCACCCUACGUCCACAUUGAAUCAGUCCCAGAACAAGGAGGGUAAUUCAACUAAACCACAGGGCCUUCCCACAGACUGGCUGGUCUAUGAUGAGAUGAGCAGAGGCCACAGGAUUGCCAGUGUUCGCUGUUGUACUUUGGUGACAGCCAUCACUGUAGCCAUAUUUGCAGGCGGUUCCAGACAUCUUUGCUCUGCCCUGCAUGAAGCUACUGUUCAGAAAGACAGUCCAGUGGAUGAUAUGAGUGACAGUGAGACAGAGGACGCCGACGCCGCCGAGUUGAGAAUUGAUGAGUGGCUCAUCUUCCAGACAAACAGUGAGUCAGCAGAAAUGGUGUUUGACCUGAGAAACAAGUGGAAUAAUCUGUUCAUCAGGAGAAUCUGUUGCCCAUCAAAACCCUGGUUGAAAGAUGAUGAGAUGACCAUUCAAACCCUCUCUUCAGUGCUUACAACAGAAGAGCAUGGAGCAGGCUUGACUCAGCCCUCAGGGAUAGGCCAGCGUCCCUGCCCUUUAAUGUCAGAAAGGUUCAUCCAGAGCUCGAAAAGCAACCCAAAGCUUACCUGCGACACCACUGAUGACGGAUGCUCUAGGGUGCCAGGAGUCUCAGGCCAAUGUCAGAAGAAACCAUAUAGCAGUGAUAAGUCUUCACUGAGCAAAAAACAUCUCGUGGAGCAACGUCUCUCCUCCAGGAAUUUCGCCUCUUCUGUUAACUUGAACAGUCAGUUUGACAGCGCAUUCUCUUCUUCCUCAGAAAAGGUAUUCCCAAAUUUAAAUAUCUGAUCCGUACAUCCGUUGCCCAGUUUUAUAGAAAUAAAGCUGAAUAUAUUUUUGUUCAUUGUAAAAGUCCCAUGUUCGAUAUUUCAGAAGCUCAAAAUAGCUCUUAUCCAUUCCUCUCGUGGACUGUGUUUCACGUUACAAAUCCCAAAUUCCCAAGAGUAAAAAAUUGUUGACAGUGGCAAGGAGAAAAAAAAACUUGAGUGAAUCAGACUUGAACCACUUAGAUGAAAUGGGAAGAAUUCUCAGCUUUCGCCUGAAAACCAUCCACACAAGAAAUUAAGCCUGCAGCUUGAAACUGUUUACCAAAGUAAUGUACAUAUAUUUCUGCGAAUGGGGUGCUAGAGGGAAGCAAGUACAGUGCUGGAGUAUUUGUUUAACUUGUUUAACAACGAAGAAAAAAAUCUGCAGAAGUUGGUUCAUUUGGUCUUCUAGGGGUUGUGUUUGAAUGUCAUGAUCUUUUUCUUAGGUUGUGGUUUGUGAUUGUGUAAAAAAAAA